AUGCCACCCGAAGGAAGAACGAGGGCUGUAAUAAUGCCAGUUUGCACAAGCCUAGACAGACGAAGUCGUGAUUCAGCGGUCGAGUUCAAGCCACGGACCUUCCGACUGAAAGUAUGUUGCAUCGACAAACUACCCCUCCAUCCUUUUUUCAUAAAGGAAACUACUCACAAGGUUGCUGAAAACUCUUCGACAGCCGACGACCGGUUUCGCCCUUCUUGGGGUUCAUCAGGUGGGCGCAGUUCCCGAGUUUCCGUCAACCAUAUGUAUCACUUGAACCCAAAUUGGACUGUUUUCGAGAAAUACACAAAUUUGCAAAUCAAUUUGGUUUUCACGAGAGACUGA